UUUUCUGUCUUGGUAUAGUAUAUUUUUGGAUUUGUUUCUAAAUUUGUUCAAAAUGUUGAAAGUAAGUUCAGUGUAUAUUUUAUUAUUACACUUGCAUUUUACUACUUAUGUUUUUUGCAACCUGGUGGAUGAUAAUCAAUCAAAAAGUAAUUCCCCAUUUUGGAUUAAUCCAUGUGGCUACAACACAAAUAAUUCCGAAGACUACGAUGAUUCUGAUGCUGGUAUCAUGGAUCGUAUUUUAACAAUAGCAAAACAAUGUCAAAAAAAUAUUAAUCAGUUUAAACAUGAGUACAUUCAACGAACAUUCAGUUCUGAUUAUGAUGCACAUUAUGAUAGGUGGACGAAUGAAAAUAAUAAUUGGAUGACUCCCCGACUUUUAAAUAAAGCUGAAGAUAAUAUGUCACAAUCAUCAUUGGAUUCACGUUCAUUUCCCAGUGAAUUAAAAUACAGUCAUGAAAUAUUACAACGAGUUUCUGUUGGUUUUGAAAUGUUGCUUGAUGAUGCAAGUAAUAAUGAUUCUUUGGAAUAUCAAUGUCAUGAUAAUUUUACCACCUGUAAGAAUGAUUUGCAGCAGCUUUUAUGUGAGAUCAGUGAUGACAUUGAAGUUACACAUCAAGAAAAACCAAAAGAUAUUACUAGAGACGAAAUUCCUAAAGAAGUUCGACAAGAAACAAGUACUGCUAAGAGAAAUCUCACAAAUUCUAUUAUUUUUCGUGAUUAUAUGAUUGCUAUUAAGUAUGUAAAAAAUACCUAUGAAUAUUUAAAAAGCAAAAGCAAUAGUACUUCUGCAUUGAAAACAUGGUUUAAAACAAAACGCUAUCGUAUUUAUUAAUAUUUAUUUUAAUUGUUUUUGUUUACUUUUUCAUUAUGUAAUAAAAAAAAAGUACAUAUUUGGUUUUGUUUAAUCUAUAAUAUUAUAAC